AUGGAUAAUAAUAAUGACAGCAAUAAUUUAAUAAUUUAUAAUUUAUAUAAAAAAGUUUUUUCAAAUAUUUAUUUAUCAACUCGAAUAUUUAAAUAUGUCAAAAAGCUAAAUUUUAAUCAUUUUUUAAAAAAUCUUUUAAAACUUUUUCCUAAAACUGCUGUAAAUGAUAAAAAAGCAUUAAAAGAAAGAUUCAAGUCAUCUUUCUAUCAACUAGAUACAAUACCAUUUUCAAAGAUUAUUGAAUUUAAACUAGGCAAUGUUUUCAGAGAUAGGUUAAAGGCUAAAACAAUUAAUUUUAUUGGUAUUUCCCCAGAGUUUAGUUUUGAUCAAUUUUCAUCAUUUAUUGAAGCAUCAAAAAUAACAAAAAAAGAACAAGAAGAGUUUUACAAUUUAAAUAAUUAUUUUUAUAAAAGUAAAAAUAAAAAAACCUUUUUAAAAGAUAUUGACAAGUUUGACCUAUUCGAAUCAUUGGUUCAUUAUAAUUUUUUAACCCUAUUAGAGCUCAUUUACAAUGAUCAUAAAGAAAAUAUAGAAACAGAAAGACAGUACUAUAACAGAAUCCAAAAAGAAAGAGCAGAGGACCCAACCUUUAAACCAAGCUAUGGUCAUAGAGAUAUUACCCCUGCCGAUCAAGGAUAUCAAGCCAAUGUCAAAUCACCAUUUUUUAUAUUUUUCAAUAAACCUCUAAUUAUGGCCGCUUUCCAAAAAAGCUCUGUAGAAGUUUUAAGAUUUUUAAAUAAAAUAGGAGUGGACUUUUAUCAAUGCGAAAAAAAUCUAUUGUUUUGGGCAAUUAAAAGUAACAAUCCAAAUAGAAAGGUUGAGUACCUUUUGGACGAACUAAACUAUUGUGUACCGACUCUCUAUAGUGGUGUCUAUGAUGGGUUUUACAGAAAUCUUUUAAAACUUGACUAUAAAAAUUACAAAAGACUUCACAAAAUGGGUUCACCUCUUUUAUUCUCAUUUUCAUCAUAUGAUUAUUCAAAUUAUAGCAGAGCAGAUUUUAAAUUCAAAUUAAACUUGACUAAACUGGGUCUUCAUUCUCAUGCCAUUUAUUAUAAAUCAGAAGAGUUAAUGCUUGCUUUAAAACUGCAACAACAACAACAACAACAACAACAACAACAACAACAGCAACAACAACAACAACUACAAACAUAUUUACAUGGUUUAUAUAAUACGAUAGGCAGUUUCUUUAUUACCAAAAAUUAUAAACAUGAAGAAAACAACAAUAGUAAUGAUGAUAUCAAUAUAAUAACAGAUGGAUUUAUUAAUGGCAAUUUAAAAGAAUUAUUAGAAAUAGACUAUGACAAUUUCAAUUUGGAAAGAGAAAUUGAAAGAAUUUUCUUUCUUAGGCUCUUCAAUCGAAAACCAUUUUGCAAUGACGACUUCAUUUCAGGUUAUGUAAACUUCUUAGCAAGGUACAAAGAAUACAAAUCAGUAUUAAUAUUACUCAGUUUAACACCAACACAUCGUGAAAAUAUAGUAAAAGAAAUAUAUCUUAGCAUCCUCAAAACCGAUUCGACUGAUUUUUAUGCUUAUGCAGCAGAUAAUAAAAUUUUAUGUACACUUACAAACGACAUGCUUUACACUUUUUCCUCACCAUUUUGCUACUUUGAUCCAAUAAAAAUAGAAUUUUAUUUAGAAACUCUAUUGAUUCUCAAAAUUCACCAAGAUAAUUAUUAUAAAAAAUUUAUUUCAUUUUUAUUGGAGAGCAAUUCAGUGGGAAAGAAAUUUUUACAAACAAUUAUAAAACCAAUUAAACAAUUCAAUGAAAAAAAGUCAAUAACAAGAUUUUCAGGAGCAGAUUUAACUUUAGAAUUAAUCAAUGCAUAUCUUUUAAAAAAUAGAAACAGUUCUUUAGAAAUUAAAACCCUAAAAUUAAAAAUAGAAUCACAAGGGGAUGAUAUCGACUCUUAUAUAGAUUAUCUUUUAAAAAUAAAUAUAUAA